GAAAAGAAGCAGCGAGUAAAUGAAGCAGGCCUGCGAGCCAGCAGGAGCACUAUCGAAUGCUCCCGUCACUGCUGCUCUUGCUUCUGUCAGUGGUGUUGAUGCUGGUGAGCGUGGAUAAGCGUCGGGAGUGAGCUGAUGUUGCUGUUGUUGCCGAUCACGACGACGACAACAACGACGAAAAUACCGAUGAGGACGACGAAGACAACGACGACGAAAGCUAUUUGCCAGCCACACCAGCAUCGAGCAGUAUAGUGGUGGCGGUGAAAUCAUAGCGGUGUUGUUGCUAUUGCUCGCAGCGUAGCUAGAGUUAAGCUGACCUGAACUGAGUUGAGCUGAACUGAUCUGAACUGUGCCAGUGGGGGCAGCGGCAGCAGCGGCGGCGGCGGCGGCGGCGACAGCAGCAGCAGCAGCAGCAGCAGACGUUGGCAAAGCUUAGCUGACAGGAGAAAGAACGAAAAAGCCAUAGAGAGAAGUGUACAGCGUGACAGCGCCACGGCCAACGCGAUGAGCGGCGUUGAGGAAGGACAUCUAUAACUACAAACAUCUAUAACUACGACUGCUACAGGGAAAAACAGUACGCAGACAUCGCUAUAACUAGCAGCAGUGGUAGGAGCAGCUCUAGUGGGUGAGGCGGUGGCAGUAACGGCGACAGCAGCAGUGGACGCAGCUGCCGCCGUCGCGUUUGUCGAGGUGAUGGCGGUACCCGAUGGCUGGUUGUGCUGACGGUGGCUAUAGUGGUUCCAGUGGUCUUGCCUGGCAACACAGUCGUGGCUGUGCGUGCGGUGCGUCCCUCAUCAGUCUAUCGCUGUGUACUGCCACGUUGGGUUGUAGUUGUUGUUGUUGCUGUCGUCGUCGUCGUCUGUGACGCCUGUGCGGGUUGUAUGCGUGCGCCCGUCCGUCCGUCCGUCCACUGUGUUGUUCGUGCUGGCUAGAGAAGCAGCGGCGUAAGAAACUCGCGCCUGACGCUCUCGCUAACGACUGCGACGCAUCGGCGCCUGUUCUAGCUGAAACGGAAUAAGCACCAGCAAGAGUUAUCAAUCGUAACGUAGCCUGGUACAAAGAUAUUUAGACGAUCGCCGCCGCUGCUGCUGCUGCUGCUGAUGAUGAUGAUGAUGAUGCUGCUGCUGCUGCUGCUGCUGGUGACGACGAUGAUGGUGAUUGUGGUAGUGGCCUGACCGUCUAACAUAUACCUCUCUGAAGACGGAGACAGAAAACGCUGUCCAGACGACAUCCACAACAAGUAGUCAGAAAGAGCGUUAAGCAACAACAUCCGACCGAGAGAAACAGUACAAAGUUUCCAGUUUAUACUAAAAAGUGAAUACCAAAACUAGUUGGAGGUUGACAAUAAUAAUCAACGUUGUAGCAGUCGCCGUGGACAGAGGCAAACGGAACCGUAUACCAUGAAAUCGUACGUCGAAUUGUUGAGACAAUUGCAGACAGCGAACUGUAUCUCUAUCUACAAUCGCUACCACUCAUGAACCACUAUCACGAUAGUUGUACCGGUCAGCUGUAGUAAAAAAGCAGUUCGCGGCAAACUCGGCUGGCAAGAGGGCACAGGAGUCGAACCAGCGAACUAACAACAAUCAAAAGGUAGCAACAGAAUUGUUGCAAUUGUUGUCCCGUUUGGCCCUGCAAAAUCUGUCGUCGCCGCAGCCGGCGGCUAAACCGUGAGGAGCUGCUGCGUUCGUACUGCUGUUGCGCGAAAAUUCGGAUGAAACCAACGACAAACAGUCGAACGAACAAACGGCCAAGAAGUACCACCCAAACGCGCUGCCGUUCUGGUCAGUCAACAGCGUAUUGAGGCCUGCCGGCCCUAUAGUCUGUUGCCUGUGCCUGUGUAUGAGUAACAACGCAGUAGUGGCAGUGUGACGCGGUUCGUGGAAACGCGACAGCAGCAACAGCCACGGCAAAGCCAAACCAGCAAGAAGCGGCCAACCAUUCAGUCGCCAUUGAAGCAAGCAAGUUUCGGCCAGUUAACACCGUCGCUCGCUAUCCCUAUUUGUGUGAAUCCCCGUAGCCGGGUAUCCGUGCAGAUUGCCACGGCGAAGUUGUGUGCGAACAGCUGUGUAAGUCUGUGACGAUGGCUAUGUAUGUUACUACUGCUAUUAGCAGAUAGCGCCAUAGUCACAGGCCUCUGGUCCUCUGUAGCAGACGUCGCGGCGGUAGUAAGGGACGUAGACGUUUUCAGAAACGGACAGGGACAGAAAGGUUGCGUAUUGUAUAGUAUCGCCAGUGUGCUAACCCUGGAAUCAGCCAGCUCUAGUUAGCGACAUUAGCUGGCGGAUCGGCUGAACUAGACCGAUGGGACAGCUGAAUUUCAGAGGUAUAUAGCCAGGCCCAGGAAAAAAUCGGCUUCGGUGUAGGUCGUCGAAAAACUGUGGAGUUGAGAACGCCUUAACCGGGAAAGAGAUCUGUAGGAAAAAUCCCUAGGUAGUCCUAGGGGAAGAUACACGGUGGCGGGCAGAGAGCGCCUGCAGGAGAAAUAUCCUCGAGUGAGGUCAUACUGUACAACUGUGUGCAUUUGUGCAAGUUUGUUCGCAGACAACACUUCGGAACGGAAAGCGAAAUUUAUCAACAAGAAGCAGAGUGUCAGCCAUCGAAUCAGCGCGCUAACGAGGUCGUACGCCCUAGAAUUUCAUACAGUUCGAAUUCUACGCUUAGCGACAAUUGCAUAUAUUGAAUCUACUUACGAUUGAAAGCCGUAACAGCAACAGCAGAACCAACAAUCACCAGCCGAUAAGCCACGAAUCGGUCACAUCGUUCGUCGGCAAGAGUGAGACAGAAAAAAGGACAAGGCAGAAGAAAUUCGUCGUGUUGAUGCGUUUUCGAGCAUUGCUCAUAUGCCAGUAUUGCGAGAAGGGAUCUGUAGUGCAAAUCGCUGUCAAUAAUAUGUUCUACAAUCUACAACACAUCGUUGUUGCUAUUGCUGGGAUCGCUCGAUUUCAUUAGAACUUCCCGCCGGCUUGACCAAUGUACCCCGGCCAGGUAACUGGCAGUUCAUUCAAAUCAAGAUCAUAACAACAGCAUUAAAGAAGAAAUUUAAAAAAAUAAACGAAAAGAUUGGCGCAAGGUGAAAUUCACGUGGCGUCAGGCAGUAAACAUUUUCGAGGGAAAACACAAACACAUCUUUAGCGACGCCUAAUUGGCCCAUCCAAUCGGUCAACCUGUAAUUAGCGUUUUCUUGCAAGUUUUUUUAUACAUGUGAGUGACACUUUACCGUAAUGUCAAGUGGGGCAUAAACGAUGCGCUGCGCUUAUCUCUCGUGAGCGCCCAGACCAUUUUCAAGGUUGACUCUAGCCAUGUUCUCGACACCGAACCUCCGAAAUAUCUAUACAAAAAAAGAUUAUGCGCGACUGUGAGUAGAUGGAGGAGAUACACGAAGCAUAAGAAUUCAUCGUUGCUAUUGUGCUCGUUGGAAAAGUAAAAAGUGUCUUGGUUCGUGGCGCUGGAUGGUAUAUCGUUUACUGUGUUUUUCGGAAAGAACGAAAAUAACACGAAGUAUAGAAUAAACAUAUAUAAAACAAUAACGGCGACAGCAAAAGAACAACGACAGCAAUAACAACAUCUGGAUGAUGCAAAUCUCUACUAGUUUAGGCACAUCGAUACCGUCGGCCUGCUUUUAAGAUAAUUGCUUUCGCAGUUAGCGUCGACAAGCGAUGUACAACUACGCACCAGACCUGCUAACUUAAACGUGGGGAUAGUGUACCGCUUAAAAAAUCUUCAAGAUCGCUAUCAGUUGUCAUAUCAGUGCAGAUAUCGCUAUUAAGCCAGGCCGUAUUGAUAUUGUCAUUGAUAGAUUGUGUAUGUCUGUGUGCGCGAGCACAAAAAUCACGAACGUCAACGUGUGACGUCCCAAAGCAACGUCUCACGUCGAAAACGCUCACAGAGAUAAAAACGAUCCCCGUGUUACGAAUGUGUGAAGUGGUGAUAUCAGCGAAUCUGUCAAUGAAUCUAGCCUUUCUGUCCGUUCGGAUUACGUGAAAAGUAUUUUUCGUGGUAACGUCAAAUCGUCAUUCGACUCAUGGUCAGAUCUUCGCCAUACCUCGCCAAGCUCCAUCAUGAAGUUAUAACUCAUUGUUUUUGAUUGGUGAUCGAGUCGAGUUGAUUGUUCGCCGUUCAAGUGUGUGAUGUGUUUUUACCACUUGUUCAUAACAGUAUCUGGUACUGCUAUACCCGCGAACGUAAUGCUACUGGCGGAGGUGGCGUUGGGCUGUUCAAAGGCGGAGGCCCGCGGCGAGCCCCGACGCCUGUGAGCGCCACGGCGGAGCUGAGGAAGCAGUGCACGUCGACUCGCAAUGGAGACAUCGAAUCUGCACGAGGCUGGCCGGAUCAAAUCUGUUCGGGAUCCGAGGAGUCCAGAAGCGUUUCGGUAUUACUUGCUUCAACAUCCGCUGGCGAGGGAAGCAACCUUCAGUGCUCCAGCUGGUCGAUCCGAAGGUGAUCUUUUCAUAGCGCCUCCGCCUCCACCAGUCGAAGCGAUGGACCUAGCAGCGCCCCUUGACCUUUGCGUGAAACGCCGGGACCGUUCACCCUCAACUAACCGAAGUUCGGGAGGGGGAACUCCCUGUGAUGCUCUACCUACACCACCAAAACUUGCCAGAAACUCGGCACCCCCUUCAUUACGGGCGCACCAUCAGGUGGCUAAGUCAGUGGGUUUGGAAGCGCUAGGCGUGAACCCAGCCGCCGUUCAAGACUUCCAGCAGGAACAACUCCGCCAGCUACAUAUGCUGUCGACUCUGUUCGGUAGGACUCUCAUUGAAAAUGCGCUGCCACCCAUGCCUCAGCUCAAGCAGCGUGACCCAAGUGUUGGCGUCGUUGCUGGUGCCGGCGGGAUAUCGUCUGUCUUAAGUGAGACGUCGAGCGCAGGAGGCGGCUGUUUGUCGGAAGAUGAAGAAGCCGGUUCGUCGCAUUCACAAGGACGAAAAUCUCAGGAUUCCCGGGACUCCGAUGGAGACACCGAUGGAAGCCAACGGCAGACGGCAACCCCCACAUUUGCCACGCUCGCGCACCCUGAAGAGCUGCUCCGAAAACCGUUACUUGUCGGAUUCCGAAGAGAAACCGUUAUUAAGAGCAUUUCCAAGUUGGGUGUUCGAGGCGAGGUAACCUAUUAUGGACCGUGUGGCAAAAGACUAAAAAGCUAUCCUGAUAUCAAUCGGUACCUUCAGAGAAAGGGUUUCAGUGCCAUCCUUGGACGAGAAAACUUUACCUUUAAUAACAAGCUCAAUAUUGGCCAUUUCUUUGAAGGUGGUCCUCCCGGUGAGGGCGGUACUCUUCUGACUGAGGCUGAGAUCAAUCAGCGAAUCGACAACCUCCGAGGCUAUUCAUUGUCACGGAAACGUUCCGCGAUGGAUCGCGCCUUCCAGAAAGAAAAAGAAAAAGAAAAAGAGCGCGAGAGACAGCGCCAAAAGGAAAAGGAGCGAGAACGUAAAAAAGAAGAACAACGACUUGAGAAGGAAAGAAGACUGAAAGCCCUCGAGGAAGAAAAAAAGCGAAAGCAAAUGGAGGCCGAAGCUCGUCGACAGGCCGAACUUCUAGCGAAGGCCCAAGAGCGCGAGAUGCGUCGCCAGGAGGCAGCGCGCCAACGUGAGGCAGAACUGGCCAAACGGCGGGAAAUGCUAGCAUUGUUGGACACCGAACGUGAACGAAGGAGACAACAUCUCGGCCUAAUUCAAGCCCUUGUGUUACAUCGGAAAGCUCGUGAACAAAUGCUGCAACUGCAAGCUGCGCGAGAAGCCGCCGAAAAAGCAAUGAUGGUUGCCCCCGUAGCAAAGGUAGGAGAUCAAGAUAAGGCAGCCGUUGAAGACCUCGAACUGCCGUUGGACCCGGAAAAAGGCAAACUUCCUGGCUUGCCACGCCUCGGAGAACUUCGCGUCCCAGCUAGCGCAUAUGCUAACCUCCUUAUGGUCGACGAGUUCCUCACAACAUUCCACGACUGCAUUGGCUUUAAGGGCGAUAUUCCAUCGCGGAGCGAGCUGGAGCGCGCGCUGGUCAACGAGCAGAGCGAGGGGGAGCUGUGCUCGCUGGUCGGCCAGCUGCUCGCCAUCUGCAUCCAGGACCCCGGACUGCACAACUCGCGCGAUGCAUCUACGUACACCGGACAACACCUUAGGGAUAUAACGAUAAACCGGUACACGCUGACAGAAGCGCUGCGACUGUAUUUCCUAUCACUGGACAAAGAGGGUGCCAUCUACCAGUGGGUCAGCGAGAAGCCGUUCCUUGCUUUGAAUCCUACUCAAAAAUCUGAGGUGGUAGCUUUCUUGUGCAACGAGCUGCUCUCAAACAAAUCUGUGAUCCGUCACAUCGAUUACUGUACAGAGCAUUUGACCGUACUGCGACGCGACCGCGGUAUCGUUGAAGGUGAACUCAACAAGCUUCGCGCCGUACAGAGGGUGCGGACGCGACGUCUGGAAGAGAUCAACGCUGCCAAAGAAGCUGAAAAGAGUGCAACAUCCGAAACCGACGUUAAACAGCAGCAGCAGCAGCAAGAAUUAAGCACAGGAAACAAUCCAACUUCUGCUACGGCAUCCGCUUCGGAUGAGGCCGGCUCGAACAGCCAAGACGAAUCAGCCAGCCAGUCAGCUACUUCGGAAGGCAAAAACUCUAACAGCAGCAGCAGCAGCAGUAGCAGCAGCAGCAACAGCAGCAGCAGCAACAACAACAUCAAUAAUAAUACUAACGGCAGUGGCAACAGCAGUAACUCAUCGGCGACAACAGCCGCAGGUGUAUCAGCACCUGGCAUCACAAUAGCGUCCACAUCGGCCGCUGUAACAACGGCUAGUGCAUCCACGACCACAACGGCCUCGUCGAUCUCGACCACCAUAGUCAAUAGCACAUCAGCAGCAGUCUCUACAACGGUAACAACAGUUGUGACCUCGACACCAAUUAUAAUCGGCGCGCCAAUCAGUGCUGCGGCCAUGGUCAGUAACGCUAUCGUGAAUAACGACGACGACCAGAUCGAUGCUAAGGUCGCCAAAAUGGAACAGACACAAUGUGAUCUGUCAAAAAAGAUCCUCGAGACUGCGGCCGCCAUCCGGUCGACGAUGCUUGGCCAGGACAGAUACCGCAGACGAUUCUGGAUUCUGGCGCAGAAUGGUGGAAUCUACGUAGAAUCGCUCGAGUCAGCGGAGCAGGAGGGCCUGGGUGAUUUCGACGCGGAUAUGCUGAGUGUUAGCGACGAAGACGAAGAUGACGAACGGGAGAAGGAAGCUAAUGCUACGAUAAGCGUCAACGGCUCGACUAAGCCCAGCCCAAUGGAGGUCAACGAGGAGGGUUCUCAGGAAAAAUCUUCAGAUGUUAAAGCUGGAUCAAGGUGUGAUCUAGUGAAGGUGGAAUCAGAAAAAAACAAAGACGAACCGACAGCGGAUAACGAUAAAGAGAAUGAGCUCAAAGACGAGAAACUACUCAUGGACAGCAAUCAAGACCGGGUUGAUACGAAGGCUGAAGCUAAACAGGAAUCAGCUAAAAUGGAAACUGAUGCUAAAAUGGAGGACCAGGAAAUUGAUAAGGAAGGCGAGACAAAGCAGUCGAAGCAGCAGGAACAAAUCGCUAUGAAAAUCAAGUCAGAAGAUGGACCCGCUGCCGCUAAGGCUGAAAAGAUGGACAUAGAUAGGAAAGAUGCUAUCGAGGAUAUUGCCACGCACAAGACCAAGGAGGAGGUGUCCUGCAUGCCUGCAGCCUCCACGCCAACGACCUCUUCGGAAAAUUCGACAGCGUCAUCGGCAUCAACUGAGGAGAAACAGGAGAAUAAUGGCCCAGUAAAAUCUGAGCCGACGGCCCCGAAUGCAGCCGCACAAUUCGUUCCACUUCCGACGACAAGCCCCACGCCCACGGCUACCCCGGGGAUGAACCCAGCAGACCCCGCUACGCAGAUGGCGGCCGCAUUACGGGCGAUGGGUAUUCAAGGCGAUAUGGCGCAGCUCCUCCUUGCGAACCCGUUCUUUGCCUCGAUGCUCGCCACGACAAUGCUAAUGCAGGGAGGCAAUAUGGCUAACAUGGCUACGAUGCUUGGCCAGCUCCAGCAGCUCAUGGCCAUGCAGAGGGGCGCCCUUGCUGGAGGCGCUUCUGGGGUAGCGACAGGGCUGCCACCAGGCGUUGUUCCUGUCGUCACCCCGGGAGUCGUCACUGCUCCGGGCGUAGUCACAGCGACCCCCUCUGGAGUGGUGGCCACGGCCCCGGGAGCAGUCGCUAUCCCAACAGUAGCCACUCCUCAGGCAUCUGUUGCGGCGACAGCGGCAAUCUCCAUUGCAACGACCCUCACACCUACGGCGGCUAUAUCGCCAGCAGUCACAACCACUCCGGCUACAACACAGCCGGCAAACGCUUCGCCGCCGAUUCCCGCAACCGUUAACACGACCGUGUUAACCAACGGAAUUCAGUCACCUGUUCCGCAAUCACAACAGACGUCAGCCAGUAGCCCCGUGGUGGCAACUGCUGCGCCGGUAAAUGCCGGUACAGCGACCUCCUCAGUGGUACAACAAGUCGUUGUGCCGGUUUCGGCGACAGGAAGCAUGGCCGCAACACCUGCGGGAACUACACAGGGCGAACAGGGUGAGGCGAACGUAGUACGACGCUGGUUCAACAUAUUACCCCGGGAAGGAUGCGACGGAACAUGCCGGUCAGAUGAUGCCACCGAAGAUGAUAAGGACGAGCAGGACGACGACGAGGAGUCCGUCGAUGAUUCGACGACUGAAGGAAAGCACCUCCAGAGCAUUCCUCAUCUGUUACGCAAGGGCUGGUGGAAAAUUACCAAACGUACUGAGCUGGACGCUAUCUACAAUGCCCUCCACACGGGCGGAUAUCGGGAAAAAUAUCUAGCCGAUUCGCUAAGCAAAGUAUUAAUGUACAACCCAGACGGAAUUCCGUUCGGACUGAAGGGCGAUCCGAGGGAUCCCCUUAACGAUCUUGAUUUGCCGCUGCCCUCGCCGGACUACGAAGAUCAAUGGGACCGUAAGGUGGCGCUGCGAAUCGAGAUGGAUAUGCUCAAUGAGAUUAACGUACUUCAGGAACGCAUUCUACAGGCCAGCAUGCAGGUUCGGGGUGCACGGAACGACGAAGAGGACGACACAGGCGUUCCGCAAGAUCCCAGUGAUCCCGCAUGGAUGGCCAGCUCGACGUUCCUCAUACACAAUAAAUACAUCCGAAAAAAGGAAGAGAAGGCCCGGGCGUUGGCAAGAAAGCGAAAUCCACCGAGCAGUCACAAGAAAUCGUCGAAGGAUCGACGGGCACGGCAGGAAGCGAUUGAGCGAGCCGCCAGGGAGCUGGCCGCAAAAAUGUUGAGCCAACAAAACGAAGAGAAGGUAGACGCGAGCGGAAAUCCUCUGCCAGGACCAGGCAUCAACGGGCAGGUCGACGAGAAUGAGUCUGACUCUGACGAGUCGAAACCGCCCACUCCACCGCCGCCGGGAGUGCGAAAUCCUGUGGCUGUGGCAAUCGAACGUCUCCUUAAUCUCGAGGCAUCGAUUGAAAAGAGAUAUCUCCGUCCACCUCUGGGUCGAGGUCAGGUGCCUAUACCUCAUGGGCCGACAACUGCCAGCUCGACUCGAGGCGGCUUCAAUCACCGAGACGAGAAAAAAGAUGAGGAAGACAAUGUUUCGAGAGAAUUGAAGAGAUGGCGAGACGGAGUGGCCAAAUGCACAUCGGCCGCACAGCUACAUUUAUGCCUGAUGCAACUCGAGUCCUGCGUCGCAUGGGAAAAAUCCAUCAUGAAGGCAAAUUGUCAAUUCUGUGGGAGCGGCGACAACGAGGCGUCGUUAUUGCUCUGCGACGCCUGUGAUAAGGGAUACCACACUUAUUGCUUUAAGCCAAAUGAAAUGAUCGUCCCACCAGGCGAUUGGUUCUGUUUCGAGUGUAUUAACUCAGUCAAUCAGCUGAACAAAGUAUGUGUAGUGUGUGGCAAACCGGGAAACACCAAAAUGGCCCAGUGUGAUCUCUGUCCAAAACUGUUCCAUCCGCCGUGCGUUGGACUACAAAAAGUCCCCCCGAAGAAAUGGACCUGCGUAGCUUGCACGGUUCCACCGGCAUUGACUGGCAAUGGCGGUACGAAUAAUUCAGGAUCAGGUGAUACGCCUGUUGCUGAUGGGGAGCAGCCCCCUGCCCCAAAAAAGAGAUCGUCUUCAUCCAAAGGUCGACCUUCAAAAAGCAAAAAGACAUCUGCUGCGGCCCAAGCGGCCGCGGCAGCAGCUGCAGCGGCGGCUGUUGCCGCAACAACAGUCGCUACAGGUUCUGCUGAGCAACCGGUGAGCAACGGCAACGGAGUAGACGACUCCAGGGACUCGAAGGAUUCGAAGGAAAGCGGUGGCGGCGGCAGCGCUGCGGUCGCUGGUGCAAAUAACGCCAACACCAGCGCCACUUUGAAUAGCGCCGCUGGAACAGGUGGUGGAGCACCAAAGGAGUCCACCACUACGAAUCCUCCAAUCACGACGAAUACUCCAGUCGGAGAAGCGCCCGCUGCAGCCGUAAAGGAAUGCAAGGAUAACGCUACUAAUGUGAAAGACAGGGAGAAGGAUAAGGACAAGGAUUCGAAGCGCAACCGGAGGAGUCGGGCGAGUGCCGCCUCGCUUAAAAAACAGCAUCAAGCGUCGGAACGGGCGCUGGGAGAGUGCAAGACAUUGUUAGAUGAGAUGUGUGGACACGAUGCUUCUUGGCCUUUCCUGCUCCCGGUUAGUCCUAAGGAGUGCCCGACCUAUCGGAAGGUCAUUAAGCGUCCAAUGGACUUGCAAACCAUGCGCACAAAGAUCGAGUCCGGGGUAUACAAUAACUGCGAAGAUUUCGCUGACGACGCUCGGCUCAUGUUCACCAAUUGUGAGACGUUCAACGAGCAUACGUCACCGGUCGGCAAAGCUGGCCGUAAACUCAAACAGUUCUUCGAAAAGCGUUACAGCGACGUCCUCGACUCCAACAGCUAAUCGCUUUAACGGCUCAAGAUCCUGAUCAGCCACUCAUGGCCCUGGUCGCGUUUUGCAUUUUCACUGGCCUCAUCCUUGAGCCUCGUCCGUUUGUAUCCUUUGGAAAAUGAUGACUCAACGUCGAGUAAAAUUGUGGCUACGUUCGAAGUAGAAAUCUUUGGGUAAACCUGCUGAUGAAUCGAGCAACCGAUGAAUUCAUUUCGUCGAAGUCAGACUGCAGAGUGCACAGGAUUUCUACGAAACAAAAUACAGUCACAGGACCUUCGCCAUAAAAAAAAUGAGUCCAUAUUGCGCAGUCGCCCUUGCUCAGCCGAUGCUCAGGUAGCGCGUAUGUUGUAGGACCUGCUGGAAAUUGUUAAUGAACUGCAAAAACAGCAAUAGAUGACAGAAAUGGCAAAAACUAGUGGGUGAAAAUUACCUGGAUACUGGAAAAACUAACACAAGUCAAACGGAAUCGCAAAUUUUUGUCAUUCGCUCUUCCGAGCUUCAGCUCUGCUGUAAGAGCAGCACAAUAGAUUACAUAUAUAUAAAAUAGUAGAAUUUUCUUUGGUCUACGAACUCGACAAAUUUCUGCUUCGAAUCGUGUCGCUUCGUACAAAUCAGGUCUGAUUUUGCACCACCUUUGUUUGAGGUCAUAUAGUACUAUAAUUUAACACUGAUGCCCAUGCUAUUGACGAUGGUCCCAUAGACGAAAGGAUAUAAGCGGAGAUGCGAUCUUGGUUAGACAAAAACACUCCGACAGGUGAUAUACAACAGUAAUAGCUAAAUGAAGAAUCAACCGUGAAUACCUCGACGUAGGGUUAUUAUUGUUAUUCUUCAACCAUUUUAUGGUCUGCAGUAUGCACCAUAUUGGCUGCACUUCUGUCUGGGCGCGUACCUGAGAUGGUUUGUGCUCUCCUACGCAGCUGAUGGGACGAACGGUCAAAUGUAGGCUAUGUACCAUGUAGGUAAUUAGCAGGUCAUCAUCACCAACUGCGGCUGCGGCAGUAGAAAAACAAUGCAACAGUAACCAGACGAAACGAUACAAAUUUAGAUGAACGGGGAAAGGCUGUUCCACAGAUCUCGCAUAUGAAGGCCGUUCGCUACCAUCGAAAAGAUUGAUUAAAAGAAGAUGUCAAUAGCAGGAUGAGGUAAUAGCGGUUCACGGUUAUAUAUAUCGUACC